UAACAGAGGCAGAGAGGAGCUGCAGUUGAGCAAUAACUGGAGAGCCUUAGGUUGUCCUCCCCUGUAGUAUUAACUAUGCUAGGCUCAGUAGCAGCCUUCUACCUCUAGGGAAUCCUGCUCAGUAUUUUGCUAUAUUUGAUUCACCCUUUUGUAUGUAGGAUAUGUAGACAUCCUUGUCAAAGCAUGAGAGACUUGAGUACCUUCAUUAUCUAAUGCACAAAAUAUUUGAUCACUAGUUAACUGCAAAUUAGAUUCUGCAUAUACUCAGCUGGAACAUAACUAAUGGUCUAGGUGGCCCUCAUACCUAGACCACAUGCUCUUAGCCUCUUCCCACUUAGAGGAUACUUUUUAUACGUGGUUAGCAAACAAGCUUAGAGUACUGAAAGCAAGCACUUGUUUUAAAAGGGUGCAAGAUGGAGUAUGUGAAGGUAACGGGCAGAUCUUUGAUCCUUUGUUUGCUUGCUUUGUCUUGUGGGUUGCAUUUCUACAAAGUGGCCAGUAGAGGGUACUGCUGAAUUAGCUGACCUUUUUGGAUAUUGGAAUUUGGAACUUCACAAGAGAAUCUUUUUCUCUCUUCACUCUCCCUGCUUCAAAAGGGGUGGAAAAAAUAGAUAGCAUGUUGAUAGUCUAUAUAUUAAAGAUAUUAAUUGGGAUUGGUAAGGUAUUUGCUUAAUACCGUGUCAGACACAACAAAGGCCUUAACUAAAAUUUUCACUAACUGCAUUGUUUCAAAAUGUGUAGAAGAACUCCAUGUUAUAUCUUCCUUUCUACAAUGGAAGCUUGUGUCUGUAUUAUCUUAGACAUAAUCAUUCCCUCAACAGCACUGUUGGUGAAGGCUAAACGUAGGUGCCUUCAGAAGAACCUUUCAAACUGGAAUGGUUGGGUCCAAAGUUUGGCAGAACUGGAUCUGAAGUAGGGAUGGAGUUUUCAUUUUUUUUUUUCCGUUUAACUCUGAGCUACUUCAGCUAAAUCCCGUUUCUCUCACUUCCCUUCUUUAUUUUGGCUUAGUUUUAGAUUUGGAUAGUACCACUACAUUCUUUCACAUGCUAAUUUUAAUAUUUUUGUAUUACGUUAAGCUGAUGUAGCAACCUUAACCAUAGCAUGCAUAGAAAACGAUAGGAUAAAACCUGACCAAGCAAAAAUAUCUCUGCAAAUGGUGCAUCCCCGGUUAUGAAGCACAAAACUCAAGGGGAAAUUGAUGAGUAGAUGGCUUUGUUUGGGGAAAAACCUGACCCAGAAUAACUUACUUGGAAUGAAGAUAUUGUAGCGUUACAUUUCUGGACCGCUAUUUUGGCAAUUUACAAAUAUAAAUCAUAUGAGAAGACAUACUUCAACUUAAAGAUUCUACAGGUGGGAUCAAUUUAUUUGUUUACAGCAUUUAACUGCUUCACUUCUAAUUCCAGAGUGUGAGUAAUAAGGGAGGAAAGUACCAUAUUAAAAGGUAAAACAAAGAAAAUACAUUAAAAUUUAAAAACCUAGAUAACCAAUAAAAGGUAUGGCUAGCCAAUCAAGGAAGCCGCCUUAAAGAUGUUUUCAGCUGCCAUGAGAAACAGUAUAAUGACUGGGUUUGUGCAACAUGAUGACCCAUCAUGGGUUGCUACCCAUAAUAAGUUGUGUCCUGCAAACUGACACCAAUUUCCCCAGAAUGGUGGUGUGCAUGGACAACUAGUCAUGCCAACAACCCAUUGCUUGGCUUAAGAGUUGUUGGAUCCAUGAUAAGGUUGACAUGUCAUACUGAAGCUGCAAGACAAGCUCCAUAGUGAGAAUGGGGAAUUGGCUCGGAAGACGCAGGGCAAGAGUGAUGAAAUACUCUUGCUAUUUGCCAUGGGGUUCCUAGAUGAGAGCCAGCUGCAGCAUCCCCCAGCUGCACAUCCCCACCUCUCCCCCUCACUGCUGUGAGCAGUUUCAUGUGUAACUUGUCUGGGGUUUUUUCCUUUCCUUCCUAAUGAAAGUUGGCAUAAAAAAACUUUUUGUGUACAAACCGUGUACCAAAAAGGAUUUUUUAAGUAGAGUAGCAUGAUUACAAUCUUUUGUAAUAGUGUGCCUGCAAGGAGUCAGAGCCUUUGGUGGUGGAGCAAGGUGGGAGGUUGCUGCCAAAAGGCCUUAAUAUCCACCCUGGAUAUCGCUCCAGCCAUUCCCUACCCAGUUUGGUUUCUCUUGACAGCUUGCAGGGAAAGCAGAGGUGUAAGGGAUCAUUUGCCAAGAAGGGUGUUUUUUGGCUGUACACCCUUUUGUAGCACAAUCAUCUUCAUAACAUUUAGUUCCCAUCCGGGUGCACCAUUUGUGCAUUGCUGUGAGCAUCUAGGCACGCAAGAAAGUGCAAAAGUGCACCCUUACCAUUUUUCAAGGGAAGGGGGCCUUGACAAGCACAUGUUGCAGUCCAAAACUAAAGGGACUUAGAGUUUUGACAGCAAGUUGCCAAGGGUAUCCAAAACAUUUUUUUCAUUUGAAAAGAAAAGGGGGAAUGCAGGGUUCCUACAGGCUCGGAACAAAAUGCAAAAUGUGCACCCUGAUGAGGGGAAACACAGAUAAUUUUGCUGCAAAGGGGGUAUAAAUCUACCCCUUAAACCCUUUCCAGCAAAUGAUCCCUUGCUCCUUUGGAUUUGGUCCCUCUGCUGGGGCAAUGGCCAUGUUGGGCACCUGUUCUCAGCCAGGACUUGAAAUACCUGUAGGUGCCUCACAGUUACUUAACACACUAAGAAAAAGUGCAUGCUUGUGCUUGCACAUUUUUAAGAAGUACAAAGGUCGUGCACAAUUUUUUAAAACAAAGUUGGGUGACCAUAAGCACCCUUCCCACAAAUCGCAUGGCAUUUGGAAAGGACUGCUUGUAGCUGUCGAAAGGGGGAUCACUGAGGGCAGCUUGACAGGCUGCUUUGUAGCUUUCCCCACACAAAAUAGUCUACAAGUCUGGGAAACCCUGUGUGGUGUAGUGGUUAAGAGUGCAGGACUGGGGCUCAGACGAUCUGGGUUCUGGUUCCCCUCUCAGCCAUAGAGCCAACUGGGAAACUUUGGGCCAGAUGCUCAGCCCAACCUACCUGGCAGGGUUGUUGUGGAGUUAAGCUUGAGGGUAGGGGAGGAAAAUAGUGUAAGCCACUUUCUUUAAAAAAGAAAAAAGGAGAUACAGCUAAUAAAUGGGAAAGGCAAUGAAAAGCCCCAGAUAGCUCAUGGAGAGGGGAAAGCCUCAUUCUCCCCAAGGGAUACCCGUGGGAAGAGUGAGUGGACCAACAGCUCUUGGUGAGCCCACUGGGCCGUUGGAGCUUACUGUGGACUUUCUGCCCAACAACCAACUCACCGGUCAUUGCAAGAGUGGAUUAUCAGGACAUGCAAGCACCCCCAGUGCUGGUCGAGAGGCAGGGAGUUCCACAUGAAGGGAGCCAUCACACUGAAGGCAAUGCAGAUGAAAACCCCAAUUCUAUCCGUGUUACUUUUGAAAAUUUAGUUCCCUAAUUUUGUUAUUUUCCUGAGGAAAGUAGAGGUGUGCAGUAAAAUGAUGAUCUCUUCAGCUGGGUCUUGUGUAAAAUCAUGGGUCGUAGGCAUGUACAGCAGUCAUUUAAAAAUCUGUCCUGGCAAUGCAGUAUACCAGGGGUGACUUGCAGAACUAAGACUCUGUAUCUGCCGGUGACCAAGGCUGCCAGCAGCUCCAGUAUCUUCACUGACUGACCAGUGUAUUUCAGCUUGCUUUAGUUUUAAAAUAAAGUCUUUACAAAUGUAGCUAAAUGUAUAUAGCAAAAGGGUAUUUCUCCUUUGAAUCGAAAAACUCUUUAACUCCUCCAGAGCUUGAGGUGGCUUAUAGCAAAUAUAAACAUAAUCUAAUAUAAAUCAAAAGCAGUCAUAGUAACCUUAAAAACUAACGUGUAUUUACAAGUAAUCACAAGUGAAUGCUAGAAAUUGCAGAUUAAUAUUGUGAAUGGGUAAAUGAUACUGACCCUCAGUGGUAUCCUAGUGAAUGCUGACUACCGCAUUUGAUGACUGUCAACAGUCACUGGUGUCCCUCAGUGUGGACCUUUAUGUAACUAGCCUAAGAAGAUCAACUGUCAGAGUAAUAUAUCACACAGCUGAGAUAUAUGCAGUAUCAGAUGUGACAGUAAGAUGUUUACUGCCAGUAUCCCAAGAGAGAGACCAUUGAAUAGAUGCUGGUGGUUGCUUGCUCCACAGGAACAUCUGUUACCUUGUCUGGCACAAUCCCGUCUAUCAAAUGUGUUUAUUAAUAAGCAUCUGUUUAGUCAGCUUUAUACCUGUGCCAGGAAGUAAUACACAUGCAGCACCUUUGAUAAUCACUGCUGUCUUGUGUAUUUGGAGAGGAACAGGGCAAUUUUUAAUCUUAGAGGUGGGUACAUGAAGUAAUGCAGAGAGAGGGGGAUAUAUAUAAUUUUUAAAAAAAAAAAUCUCUCUUCCUGUUCUGUACAAAGCCUAGUGCUAUACCUUGCAUCUUUAUGCCAUCAUGUUUAUUACUAGCAGCUUUGCAAAUGAGAGAGGGCAGAUCCCUCUGAUUCAUAGAAAGUUGCACAACUAUUUCCUAGCCGUGUAGUCCUACUCCCUAGCCUUGUUCCAAAGUUGAGAGUCAGGAUGUUGAAUUCCUGUGCAGACUGAACUUCCUUUACAUUCCAGUCUGGAAUUCAGGGCAAUGGACAAGGUUGGAUGUUACCUUUGGGUAGCAAUACAUUCUUUCCUCAGCUAAAUAUGGCCCAGGCACCAAGGAACUAGAACUACUAUGGGCCCUGUGGGGUAAGAUGGAGGAGAACUGCCACACAAAAAGGUUUCUAUAUAACAAAGAGUUCUAGUUCAGUGGCAGACUAAGUACUUUGCACGUGAAAGGUUCCAACUUCUGUGAAGGUAUGGAAAACCCUUCUGAUGCCCUGAACAUUUACCGACAGGCCAUGCAGGUCAGAUGUGGGCAACUUGUAGGCCAAAACUUCUGGAGAGCCACAGCUCCCAUCAGCCUUUGUCAUUGGUUAUGCUGUGUAAUGCUGAUGGGAGUUGUAAGCCAAAACAUUUGCACAGCUACCUUGCCCAUUCCUGGUAUAGAGCAGACCCUCUUGAGAUGGAGUAGUGGGUUGACCGUGUGUAGGUUGCUUCCCCUGUUGUAUGUAUGGGCCAUUAUUAUUGCUGUUAAUAAUGUUUGUCUCUUCCACUAUUAAUGUCCAAGCAUAUUGCCCCUUUGAAAAGGAGUCAUGCUGGGGAUAAUGUGUUCUAUCUGUUGCCCAGCUGUUCUCUAUAUUCCCUGAUCUGGGCCCUUUGACGAAUUGGCUGCCAGGAAGAGAGGGCAUGGCAUGUGCCUCCAGGCUCUUGAACAUUGGAGGAAAUCACACUGGUUUGGGGAAGAUGCUGCCAUCCCGACUGCACAGGAGCGGCCUCUGCACCCUCCCAAGAGCCUGCUGGUUGAACUUCAUGGCCUGGAGGAUCUACCCUCCGGUCAACUUCACCUGGACACCCUUCCGCUCCCACAGCAUUUGGAGCAACGCUGGAGGCCCAAGGCGCAGGCGUAUGGUCACGGCAGGGGCUGGCCUGGGUAUAGGCGCCAUCUUGGCCUAUGGGGCGCAUACUCGGCAGGUAGCCAAGGCUGACACGCCAGCGCCCACACCCAGCCCACCGUUUCCUGUGUUUACCCGGCAGGAGGUGGCCCACCACAACAGCGAGGCCAGUCGUGUGUGGGUGACCUACGGCAGUGACGUGUUCGAUGUCACGGACUUCUUAGAGCUGCAUCCUGGGGGCAAGAGCAAGAUCCUUCUGGCAGCAGGGGGCGCCUUGGAGCCCUUUUGGGCCCUCUAUGCCAUGCACAGCCAGGCGCAUGUGCAGGAGAUCCUUCAAGAGUACAAAGUGGGGGAGCUGAGUCCCGAGGAGCCUCCCCAGCCAGCUCCUGGGGAUCCUUACGCAGAUGACCCUCCCCGGCACCCUGCCCUUCGCGUCAACACCCUAAAGCCCUUCAAUGCAGAACCCCCUCCGGAGCUGCUCGCGGAACAUUUCCUGACUCCGAACCCGCUCUUCUUCAAACGCAACCAUCUUCCUGUGCCAGUGGUGGAUCCAAAGACCUACCGCCUGCAGAUACACGGUCCCUGUGGCCAGGUUUUGUCUCUGUCUCUGCAGGACCUGAAGAAGAAAUACCCCAAGCAUGAAGUGACAGCCACCCUGCAGUGUGCCGGCAAUCGCCGGUCCGAGAUGAACGCCAUCAAGAACACCAACCGGCUUGGCUGGGGCAUUGGGGCGAUCAGCAAUGCAUGCUGGGGAGGCGCCCUGCUCCGGGACGUUCUGAUGGAUGCUGGCUACACGCCAGGUGAUGAGGGGCAUGUCUGCUUUGAGGGGCUAGAUAAGGAUCAGAGCGGCACAGCGUAUGGGGCCUCCAUCCCAUUUAAGAAAGCCAUGAGUCCCGACGGGGAUGUCCUCCUGGCCUAUGAGAUGAAUGGUGAGGAGCUGCCCAGGGAUCACGGGUUCCCCCUUCGAGUCAUCGUGCCAGGCAUCGUCGGAGCUCGGAAUGUCAAAUGGGUGAGCUCCAUCACAGUGGGCCCUGAAGAAAGCAAAAGUCACUGGCAGCGGAAGGAUUAUAAGGGAUUCUCUCCCUCGGUCACCUGGGAGACGGUGGACUUCUCCAAGGCUCCUGCCAUCCAAGAGCUGCCUGUCCAGUCGGCCAUCACUGAACCAGGGCCUGGUACCCCUGUCACACCCGGGGAGCUCACAGUGAAAGGUUAUGCCUGGAGUGGGGGUGGGCAAAGGGUCCUCCGUGUGGAUGUUUCGCUGGAUGGCGGAAAGAGCUGGGGUGUGGCCAGACUAACCGGGGAGGAUCAGUUGCCUGGCCGAGCAUGGGCCUGGACGCUGUGGGAGCUAGAGGCUUCUGUCCCCGCCGGCACCAGAGAGCUGAACAUUGUGUGCAAGGCCACGGACACCAGUUACAAUCAGCAGCCAGACACAGUGAAACCCAUCUGGAACCUUUUGGGAGUGCUCAACAGUGCUUGGCAUCGGGUGCGGGUCCCCGUGAGGGAGGAGUAAAGGUCUUCAUUAUGCCCCAUUGCCUGAUGGAACCAGAGGGUCCUGGAUCCUGGCUGCUGUGUGUCUUCUGCAGUACAUUUGCCUGAGUUGCCUUGAAGAGGCCAAGAAGAAGGGUUGGGAUUUUCAGCAAGAUCUUAUGACUUCUGGCUGUUCCUCCUCACUCUUGGGCUCCUAAUCUUAGCAAUUCUUGCACUGUUCUUUUCUGCCAAGAAGAGGGCAGAUAGGCAUCUCCCUUUCCCUUGGUAUGCUCUAGAAACAAAUCUGCCUACUGUGGAAGGUCGGGAUCAGCACCUUGGAACGGGCUCCAAAAAAGUUUCCAGUAGUCAAAUAUAUCUAUACGCCUGGGAUUGGGAUUGUUUUUGUUUGUUUAAGUUGGGAGUGUUUUUGUUUGUUUAAGUUGGGAGUGUUUUUGUUUGUUUAAGUUAUGUGGCUUUGUCCAUAUUGAGCACUUAGAGGAGUUAUCCAAACAUUUAAUUAUAGUUUCCCCCAUUGCUCUGGGACAUGUCACUUUCAUUGCCCCACAUACUCUUCUAAUGGGCUUUUCAACGCUAAACUACUUUAAAUUCAAUCAUAGGGUGCUGUGUCUAUAAACGAUUUUAAAGGAGAACCUGGGGAGGGGGUAUUUCUCCCACUAGAGCUUUGCCGUCCUAAAUCCAGAUGUUAAUUCUGACAGGUUGCUUCUAGUUGCACAAAGGUCUACCUCUUCUCUUAGCUCCCAUCAUGUUGGGAAGCCCCCUAGAAUCUGUAGUGCCUUCCCUUUGGUUUUGAGAUGCACCGGGCAAACUCCGAACAAGCUGCUGCUGCAAUCUCCCACAUCUGUUGCUGUUUCUUGGGCCAACGCCUGUGCAGAUCUAAUUUCUUAAGUUUCUUAUUGCAGGUACGUGACCUUUUCCGCACUCCCCACCCUUUCUCAGAAGACAUGCUUGGAGGUGGCUAGAAAAAAAAAAAGUGUAGCACUUUCUUCAAGAUUAGGGUUCUUUGUGUUACCUUGAGUAUUUGCUAUCUCCUCAGUAUCCUUUUCCUACCAUCAGCUUUGGUAUGCAUGUGGCAGUUUUGAUUAAUAAAUAUAUGGUGUGCCCUUCAGAUAAAUUUUCUGGGUCUGAUUAGAAGCUUGUUUGCAAUACACCACAGUGCUGAUACUCCAGCACAGCCUUGCAGUGGGGUUUGAGAACAGGGAAGGCAGUGGGAAGAGGAGCACUGCUAUGGAUGGGUUUGGUGCUCUAAAAUGAUCUAGAAUGACCAUCAGAGGAAAAACUUAGCACACUUGGGGAUAUUAUCGGAUGCCAGAUCAGAAACUUGACUCCACUAGCCUGCAUGCUGUCUUCUUCUUUAUUUCAUUUCUAUACUGCCUUGUAGCUGAAGUUAUCCAGGCCAUUUAUAGCAAGGCCUAAAACAAAACACUGAAAGCCGAUGCAUAAAAAAGUGAAAAGAAUAAAAUCAAUAGCAUAAAAAUAAAAUACGGUAAAAAUACCUGGCAAGGAGAAAAAGCACUUUGGUAAUCCCCUCAGGCUCCAGGAUGACCAAGGAGAUCUGUAAAGGCCUCUGCAUGGAGAACUGUCUAAACCUGGUGCGGAAAAGACGGCAAAGGUGGGAGCUGUCUGGCUAAUGGUGCGGGUUAGAAAUCAAAUAAGGAAGGAAGGAAGGAAGGAAGGAAGGAAGGAAGGAAGGAAGGAAGAUUUGGUGAGGCUCUCCCCCUAGUUGCCGCCCUCUGAUCCUCUUGAGGGGCUGGCACUUGGAGGAAGGCCCCAGAGGUUGGACAUAGUGUCUGGGUAGAUCAGGGUAGGGAGAUGUACUCCAACAGCUAUUGUGGUCCCAAGCUGUGUAAGGCUUUAUAAGUUAAAACCGGCACAUUGAAUUGGGCUCAGGAGCAUGCAGGCAGCCAGUGUAGGUGGGCCAGAAGCAGUCUUACAUGUUUAGUCAUCUGGGUCCCGGUUAUUAAUCUUGCUGCUGCAUUCUGCACUGGGUGCAGCUUCUGAACCAUCUUCAAGGGUAUCCCCACAUAGAGUGCAGUACAGUAUUCUAAUUUAGGGAUGAUCAGAGCAUAGAUUACUGAAGCCAGGGCACCCCUGACCAGCUAGGAGUGCAGCUGGAUCAUGAGCCAAAGCUGGUAGAAGGCACUCUGAGCCACUCAUGCCAUCUGAGCCUCAAGGGACAAAGAUGGAGCAAGGAGCACUCCCAGACUAUGAGCCUGCUCCUUCAGGGGGAGUGCAACCCUGUCUAGAAUAGGUUGAACACCCCACAUCUGGUCAGAAGAAUCAUCCAAACCACCAACUCUAUUUGCUUCUUUUCAGAAUAGAGUUUAGAGGCUGAGGGGAAGCUGUCAUUGCACUAUAAAAGUCUUCUGUAUUUCAGCUUUGCUUUGAUUGGAGUCAUAUCCUACCCCUUUAGCCAAAAUGGUUCUCUGGGCAGGUUGUUUCUCUCUGGUAGCCACGGUGGGAAAUGUUUUCAUCUCCCUCUUGUUCCCAUUCUCUGAGGCUUCACAGUGGCCUGUAGGAGGGCCUUCAGAGAAAUGCUAUCACCAGCUGGGAUCUUCCUUCACUCCCCCCCUCACGGCAGUACUAAAGCAUUACACAGAAAACUGCUUAAGCUCCUGAAAGGUGGCUAGAAGGACAUGGCUCCAGCAUUCUUUUCUGUGACAAAAAGCUAGCUCCUGUUAACUGCUGUAAUAAGUGGAAAUUGGUCUUUCAGUGUUUUGGGGGCUGUUUGACUUUCAAAUUGGUUUGGAAUCAUUAUGGUUAUGAUGCUCUGAGCCCAGAACCAAAAUGUCAUAUGGACCUCUUCCUGCAUACAUGGGGCUAUGCACGUUUCACACUUCCCCACUUAGUGCAUUGCCUGAAUUGGGUUCAGUACUGGGAACUGCUGCCUCCUGAUCCCUUGAGAGAGAAAUGAGAUGACACUGGCUUGCCCGCUAGUUUUGCAGGAAGGCCUUUUACAUUUAUACAAACUGGGGGAUUCAUGAGUGACUUCCUUUCUUUUUGGGCACAGCCCUAUGUGUUGGGCCCUCAGGAAAUGUAAGCCCCCAAAGAGAGCCAGUAUAGUGUGGUGGUUAAAGGCGUGGGUCUGGGAGUCAGGAGGUUGGGUUGGAGUCACUGUUUCAGCCAUGGAACCAACUGGGUGACGGCCUCUCAUAGACGCUCAGCCUACCUCACUGGGUUGUUGUUGCAGAGAUAAGACUGUGUGCAGCAGAAGGAGAAUUAUAUAAGCUACUCUGAGUUCUUUGAAAAAGGUAGAAUAUAAAUCUAGUAAAUAAUUUAUAGAUGUUGGGGGCUUUUAUUCCAUGCAGGAUGGAAGAGACUGUGGAGGAAAGCUUCCUCCCGCCCCCGCCUCCACAGUUUUGCUAAACAAGCCUUUUUGCCCAAGUAGCUGUGGCAUUUUGGAGGGGGAGAGCAGGAGGGGAGGGAGGCAUCAGGAUAGUUCCUGGCCUCUCCCGUCUCUCCUCUCUUCUCACUUUGCAAAACAUCCCCUUCUCUCUCUCUCUCCAAGGUUGUAUUGUAGAUCCCCCCUCCAGGUUAGAGGGAAUCUCAGAUUUGGGAUUCACUGCCCCUCAGACGCUGUCUAGGAUUUGCUCCCUCACUUCCUUUAGUUGAAGCUGCUUAUGCUUCUGGUUUCCAUGGCAGUAUGUGAGGGGUGGAGGGAGAGAGAGAAGGAACUGGACAUUUGCUUACCCAUAUUUGGGCCUGUAAACCCUAGCUGCAGUCCUGGCUCCCACUGCUCCUGAUUAUUAUGGGUUUUAUCCCUCCUACCUAUCAAAAAAUAAAAAUGCCACAACAGGCAGUUUUUGGGAGAGCCUCUCAACAUGGGGAAGCAUAAAUCUCUGUCUCUCUUAAGCUGUUCAUUGUCACCAGCUUCUGGUAGCAAACUUUAAGGCCUACUAGCAGAUGCAAAACACUUGAGAGGUGCACUUCUUUCUGUCAAGCCACCUUGAAGGGUACAUGCUGCUGCAGUUGGUUUGUAGCAUCAGACCUUCUGCCUUGAACAGCAGCUGGCCAUGCAUACCUCUGGCAGGAGAGACUUUCCCUGUUACACCAGGAGCCUCAACCUUUGUGGCCUAGACUGAACAAACCUGCUUGCUUGCAGCCUCUUGGAAGAAAAGUAAACAAACCUGGAAUCAGUCUGUUAUCUCUCCAGAUAACAACUUCUGGAUGGGUAAUUCCCUCUUGAAAGAGUGUUCUGAGCAAUCUGAUGCUAAUAUGGGAAAGUAAUUAGUUAUUCUUAAGAUUAAGCACCUUUAAAAUAUAUUGCACAGGUGGAAGUUUUUAAUACUUUCAGUAUGCGCUGACUGAUUUUAUCCUAUCUUUGGUCUGACUUUCUUCCAAACUCUUAGCUGGGACACUAGAAAUUGUUGCAGAAAUGCAAUUGUUCUGUUAUCUUGGAGAGAGGGGGUGAUCUAUUUUUUCCUAGUAGAUUUAAAUAAAAACUCUAAAUUUGA